CGGCCGGGAGCCGCCUGUUGAUCGCCGCUCUCGCCCCGGCCACGGCGCCGCCCCUGCUCUCCUGGCCCCGUUCCUCCGGGGCUGACGGACUGACUGCCCGCACCGCCGGCUCCGGGAUGAGUGCACGGACGGCAGUAAUCUAAAGUCUCAGGAAACUGGACCAUUUAAAUGUGCGCAGCCCAUGAGAAAGGCAUAUAAGAAGCCAUGGCACUCCCCUUUCAAAAAGAGCUGGAGAAAUACAAGAACAUUGAUGAAGAUGAGCUUCUUGGCAAACUCUCAGAAGAGGAACUGAAACAGUUGGAAAAUGUUCUAGAUGACCUAGAUCCCGAGAGUGCCACGCUACCAGCUGGAUUUCGACAGAAAGACCAGACACAGAAGGCAGCCACCGGCCCCUUUGACCGCGAGCACCUCCUCAUGUACCUGGAGAAGGAGGCUUUGGAACAGAAAGACAGAGAGGACUUUGUGCCCUUCACUGGAGAAAAGAAAGGGAGAGUCUUUAUCCCUAAAGAAAAGCCUGUAGAAACUCGUAAAGAAGAAAAAGUGACCCUUGACCCAGAACUGGAAGAAGCUUUGGCCAGUGCCUCUGACACCGAACUCUAUGAUCUUGCAGCUGUCCUUGGAGUACACAAUUUGCUCAACAAUCCAAAGUUCGAUGAAGAAACAGCCAACAGUAAAGGUGGCAAAGGGCCUGUCAGAAAUGUUGUCAAAGGUGAAAAGGUAAAGCCAGUAUUUGAGGAACCACCCAAUCCCACAAAUGUGGAAAUAAGCCUGCAGCAGAUGAAAGCCAAUGAUCCUAGCUUGCAAGAAGUCAACCUCAACAACAUUAAGAACAUUCCAAUUCCAACCCUGAGGGAAUUUGCAAAGGCUCUGGAGACCAACACUCACGUGAAGAAGUUCAGCCUGGCCGCAACUCGCAGCAAUGACCCUGUGGCCAUUGCUUUUGCAGACAUGCUGAAAGUAAACAAGACUUUGACAAGUCUAAACAUAGAAUCCAAUUUUAUCACUGGAACUGGAAUCCUGGCCCUGGUAGAGGCACUGAAAGAAAAUGACACCUUGACAGAGAUCAAGAUUGACAACCAGAGGCAGCAGUUGGGAACAGCUGUAGAGAUGGAAAUUGCCCAGAUGCUGGAGGAGAAUUCAAGGAUCCUCAAGUUUGGAUACCAGUUUACCAAGCAAGGGCCACGAACAAGGGUGGCAGCUGCCAUCACAAAGAAUAAUGACCUGGUUCGUAAGAAGAGAGUUGAAGCAGACAGAAGGUAAACAUCCUCAGGGAGGAGUGAAGUUUCACCGUGGUGUGGCCAUUGAAAAACAAAUACUCUUCUUCUUCCCCAUCGGGACCAUUUUAUCAAAGUUUGUUCAUUUCCGUUAACCACAUAACUAAUAAUUUAAUUGUUAUUCUUUUUUAGCACUACUUAUUUAUCUUGGAUUUUGUAAUAUAUACAAUUGUUUUAUUUGCUCAUGGGCACUUCUGGCAACUUGACAAAUGGACUGAUGCAGAUUUGAGAGAGUGACGACGUGGAAAAUGAAUUUAACCACUUUCUUAUUGGGUUGUCUUGCUUUCUUACAUGAACUUUUUUUUUUAAUCAUUGAAAGGAAUUUAGUGUAUAAUAUGUGUUUGUAAUUGUGAUUAUGAUAGAGGCCUAUCUCUGUUUACAUGCAUAGCUUUGAGUUAGGCUAAAUACAUCAGAAGUGUUCUGCUGACCACAUAAGAAGUUAGUAUUGCCAAUCUUUCACUGCAUGUGAAAAUGUGACCAAUUUAGCACAAAUUCUGUCUUCGUUCCAGAAAAAUCAGUAAAUGCACAUGCCCUGUUGACUGGAGAUCAGUAGUGUCAUCUUCAUAAAGCAAGACAACAUUAUGACACUUUAAAACAGUAUUAGCAAAGAAGUCUAUUUGUUAACCCACAAAUGUAGCUUCAAGCCAGACUCACAGGUAGCAAAAUGAAUUAGCACACCUACUUUUACUGACUAUUCAACAUAUAUUGAAUCUUUAACAUGACUUUAAAGGAUAACUAUUUACAAAGCUGUUUUAAAGUUUUUCAAACAUGAUAGAAAUUUUCUAAAUGUUAGUAAGAGAGAAGCUUUUAAAACAGUACAUUCCUGAAUAAAACAAUAAUAUUGUAUCUUAAGGCUGUCUGAUGCACAUGAUUGCAUUUUUUUGGCAAAUUUUAGAAGCAUUUAUGGCUUUGUCUUUAGUGUAACAAGAUCACAGGAUGAAAGAUGAACAUUCAGGUUAAUUAUCUAGACUUUUGUCCGCAGUACAUGAUCCAUCCAGACAUUUGCGAAUGUCAGGAGAAAAAUGUGAAUUAUCAUUUAUCCAGAUGCGUGUCAUCUCAAGGACAAAGCCUGUGAAAGUACAGCUGAAAUGGUUGCAUUGUAGUGUGCAUUAAUCUUUUGAUGUAGUGGUGUAAAAAUGCAAUGCUAAACUAAGGAAGCAGGUGACUGCAGCCUUUGGCUCAAGUGCACUACUCUGAUAACUGUCAGUGCCUGAGGUUGUGAUUGGUGACAUUCUGACACUGCCCAAGGCAACUCACCCUCUAUUCCUCCUUUCUCCCCUCCCUUCCAAUUCAUUGUCGUUUUUCUCUUCUUUUCUCUAAUUUGUUACUAAACAAAUUCCAGAGUUUGUUUAGUAACCGAGUGUUCCUUAGUUGCCUGGUAGCAAUAAAACAAGUGAAUAGGAAAAUGAUUAAUAUAUUAUUCUGUUAUUCUAUUUAGCUUGUAAAACACAUGGAAUCUGUUUAAGAUAGCCCUUGUAAAGUUGGACAUUUACCUGUAUUAUAAGUACCCACAGCUGUGUCUCUGAAGUCCUUUGAAAUAUCUCAUUUUCUUGAAAUUUUUUUAAUUUUUGAGAACACAAUAAGCAGAAUAUUCUAACACCUUUGGCCCUAAAAAUCCUUUAAUUAGUUUAUGGCUUCAUCUCCUUAUCUAUUUUAAAAACACAGUAAAUACUGUUUCAUGGUUUUCAGUCUGAUUUUUCCUUCGUUUUCACCCAUUUAGGUGUGAUGUGUUGGAGUCAACUUGUACAGGCUUGCCAAUUGUUAUAUUUUCAAGAAUUUUGCAAACUGGUUGUUCAAUACAGCCAUUAUUUAAAAUGAAAUGAUGUGUACUUACAAUUGAAUGAAUUAUAUUAAGGACAAAAGUAACAAAUACUAUACUCAAAAAUCUUACAUUUUACUAUUUUCUAACCUCUUAAGAUUAUUUACAUCUAGUAGGUAUGUAUGUAGAAAUACUACUUAAUAGUAUGCUACUGAACAUAUCCUCUCAACUCCAUGUUCACUACUUCUUGUUACUACAAUGGCUUGAAAUUGGCCGUGGUAGAAAUAUUUACAUCACAGAAAUUAGCAAUAUGUAAGAAACUGGGGCUUUCUCCCCCUCUAGAUUGCUGGUUGAUAAGCAUUCAUCAGCACACCACUGGGUGAAAUUACAAAUUUUUUUAUACAUAUGUUUUGCUUACCAUGUUGCCAAAGGGAAGAACAUUUCUCUUAGAUGUCUUUUCUCCUCUUUGGAUUUGUUACAAACCUAUUUAAGUGCUCAGUCCCUGACCUGCCUCUCCAAGUAAGCCUUUUUCUUUUUUUUUCUCACUCUCUUUCUUGCCUUGCCUCUUAAAAUCCCGGACCCUAUAGAGCAUUCCUUGCAGCCCCACAGUGCUGUGAACUGGGGGCUAAAGCAGUUGUUGGCAAACUCUGGCAGAAAGCAAGAAAAAAAAAAAAAUCAGAGUUCAACCAUGGCUGUUUCUUUUGUACAAGCAGUUAUUGAUAGUAUUAAAGCAAGAUAAUGGAAAAUUAUCAAAAAUAUAGCACUGUUUUUAGCUUAUAAAAUAGUUGGGUCCCAUGCAACAGAGUCUAUGAAAUGAAAUGUUGAUUACUAAUCAGUUUGUUUUAUUAUUACUUGUGUUUUUAAAGUGGCUUGAAAGGUGGCGUUUCCAUGAGUAUGCACAUAUUGACGAUAAUCCUUAGAAAAAUAUACACUUGAGGAGCCUAUCCACCAUUUAAUUAGCCUAGGACUUCAUCCCUCUCUCUGCCCAAAGUAUGUGGAAAUGGUAGCUCUUUCAUCAUCAUGGGCACAGUUAAUCCUUUGCUAUCCAUUGUAAUGGGGCAUAAUGUAUAUAAAAUUUUUUUCUAUGUAUUUGUUUUGCCAGAUACUGUGUUGAGAUAUUUGGCAAUAUUUGGAUAACUGAUUGAAGGGAGAUAACUUCUCCCCAGGCCUAUCUCCCCCCCACUUUUAGAGUUGUGCAGGUCCACUUUAAGUGUAAAAUCAUUCACCUGGACUUGUGGGCUCAUAUCACCAACAUCUAUUAUGGCAUAUGUAGAUGAUGUUUAGGAGAUAAACCUUAGAAGUCUAGAAAUCAUAUGAUUAGUUCAGCACUGCAGCUCCCCAUCUGCUUAUUGUGUAUAACUGGAAGCUGUUUUCAUCCUCAUCAGCGUGAUUAAAUGACUUAGUUUCUUUCAUCUUUGGAGGGUAUAAUGUAAAUAAGUGUCGUGUGUGUAUGUGCAUGUGUACUGUCAGAUAUCUAACUAGGUAUUUGGCUACAUCUGGACAACUGAUUGAAGGGAGAUGCUCUCUCCCCAGUCCUCUUCCCUUGUCCUUUUUAGAAUUGCUGCAGGCCCAGGUUAAAUAUGAAAUUACUCCCUAGAGUUUGCAGUUUAUGUUACCAACCACCACAUUUUAUAGCUAUGUAGAGGAUGACUCUUAGGAAAUAAAUAUUAGAAGCCUAGAAAUCAUUUAGUUGUUCUAGCACCAAAUCUAUCCAUUUGCCUAAUGUAUUUAACAUUCCAUCCUCAUCAACAUGAUUAAGCCCCUUUCUUCCAUCUUUGUAGGGCUCAUUGUAUAUAAAUAUUUUGUACAUAAAGAUCAUCAAAUACUGUAAUGAGGUAUUUGGCUUCAUCUGGAAAAUUGAUUGGAGGGAGACGCAGUCUCCCAGCCCUACUUCCCUUGUCCCUGUCCAAGUUGCUGCAGGCCCAGGUUAGAAGAUUACCAACCUGGAGGGGCAUGCAGUUCAUCUUACAAUAAAAGUCCAUUCAUUUAAAAACUCAGAAAUCAUCCCAGUGCCUGUACUCCUCAAACCAAUUUCCCUAAGGGGAGACUGGCACACCAGCCCAAAGAACAGGUGCUUCUCUUCCAACAGAAACAUGGCCCCUGACAGGGCACCAGCAUUAGGGAAACCAAUGUCUUCCGUAUAGCUGCCAUGAGAAUAUUUCAGAUGCUCAAACUGAAAACUCUUAAAACCAAUGUUAAGCAUCAGCAUGCUUUAAGUGUAAGAUAGCCCUCUGGAAUUUACAAACACAUGUGCAGCUAUUUCCUUGUUCACAGAUAUGAUGUACUCAGCCCUCUCCUAGGCACUAUGAAGGAGACAGAGGAAGCAUAAAAAUUCUGGACUAAUAUAAUUUUAUAUGUCUUUCUGGGAUUGGGGAGUAGAUCGAGUGCCUUUUUUACAAAGAAGAUCCCAUAUUUAAUUCAAGUAUUUAUAGCAUCAGCAAAAAAGGGCAGAGGGCAGGAAGUUGAGAACACUAGGUUCUGUGCUAUGUUACCUGUAUUCGGUAGAACUGUUUCUGGAGUCAGGUUUUAAGUCACAAUCCUGAAGCUUCCUUCCCCUCUUCCACCAAUGAUGCAAUAAUAGCUGUUUUCGUUUUAAUUAGCAGAGAACUAAGAGGAAAGGUCCUAGCUCUACCUUCCACUCGCAACUUCCCUUUACCUCCCCUUAUUGCUUUCAUCUCAAAUAUCCCUGCUACUCAACCAAUCCUAAAGCUAACGUACUGAGACGCACACAAAGGAAAGGUGUGAGAGUGCUUGGAAGCAUCCAGCUGAGCCCACUGGAGGAAAAUCACACGAUAGGGCCUCCUGUUGUGAUACACUGGCCAGAGAAAAGCGCCAAGAACUUCAGGGAUGUUAUUCACUGCUUUCCUACUCCCCAGCACUAGAUCAGAUUGGAUUUUACUUUGUAGUUCAGAAGUUAAGAAGUCAAAUUGCUGACCGAGGUGGGGAAGGAGGAUGGAAAUUAAAGGUUUACAUUUGUUUAAUGGCAGAACUGAGAUUUGCUCUGCUUACCUCUUUCCCAUCUGUCUGUAAUAGCAAUGACUCAAUAAUCAGUAGACCAAUGGAAGAGGAGUUGCAAGUUUAAAUUUAUAACCUGACUCUGGGUUCUGUUCUAGAAACAGUACAUGUUUUAGAGGCUUUGCCAGUUGGGAUACAUUGUUGACUUGGGGGAGGCUGAAGGAGAGAGCUGACAACCUAGACACAGAAAAGAGUAAUUAACUAACUAGAUUUUCUUCUGAUCUCUUCCAUGGUAGUGAUUCUGAGCACAUUGGCCCAGCUAGUUGGUAUGGUGAAGGGGCACCGUACUAACAGAUUUGGAGACUGAAUCCUAAUCCCAUCACCAACACUUAGCAGGUAUAUGAUCAUGGGCAAUUCAUUCAAUUGCCUGCCAAUUAUAGACUAUAUAGGGGGAAGAGCACUGGAUUUGGAGUCAAGAAACGUGGACACUUGGCUCCACCUUCCUUAGCUGAGUAACUUUGGGCAAACCACUUGGUCUCUCGAGCCUAAGGUUCUUCAGCUAUAAAAUGGGAAUAAUAUCUUCACUAACUACCUCACAGAGUUGUGGUAAGAAUAUAAUCAGAUAACUGGAUACAAACACUAUAUAAACUGGAAAGCGCCAUACAAAUGUGAGAGAUCAGUUUUAUUAUCAAAUCACUAUUUUCCACUGCCUCUUGAAUCGGUUUUAUUCUAACCAACCAUUACAUCUUCCUCAUCUUUUGGAGUGUGGGUAAUUGAGGCUUGGGUGUGUCAUCAGGGACUGGAGUGAUUUCAGCUCCCACAUAGAGGUGGGAGAGGUGGUUGAUGGGGGGUGGAAGUUAGAUACCAGUGAUGUAUAUGGUAGGACAUUUUCCUGGGUCACUUUGACAGUACCUUGGGAAAUUGUCAGAAUCCUUGCAGAGGGCCAAGGCUGGGCACAAGGGAGAAAGCGAGCAGUUGAGAAUUGAGGGGAGGGUCUGGAGCACGACUGCCCUCCUGUCAUUGCUGCGGGUGGGCGAGGCUAAGACUUCAGGCAUGACUGGAGGCCUAGGAGAGAAGAGUGUCCCUAGGGUUUCAAGAAUUUUCAUGCCUAGCAGCUGAGUAACAAGCACUAGUUCUGAUAGAUAGUGAAGGGGAGAAAAUGCCACCUGUUGUGAGAUCAGCUCUGCAGGGCAGCAGCUGCCUUGUUAUCACCAGCAACCUUAGCCCUGGUCAGUAAUAUUUCUGCUAGGAAAGGUUUUGAAGCAUGGCCUCCAAGGACUUUCAUAAGCCCUUGGAGUCAGGACUGUGUCUCAUCCAUCUUUGUAUCUUCAGUACCAUCUCAUAAGGUGCCUUGUACAUAGUAGGUGCUUAAUGAACAAAUGUUGCUUGAAUUUAGCUGUUGUCCAGCCCCACAGAGUUAUGCUCCAUUUGCCACCGUGUGAUAUUUUUGGCAAACAAUACUGAUUUGGAUGCCAGCUGUAUGUGACUUUGGGCAAGACUCUCCCAUCUAUCUUGUCUUCAUUUCAUCUGUAAAAUGAAGUGAGUGGAUUCAGUGCUCCCUAAGGUCCCUUCCAGCUCCAGUACUUGACAAGCCUAUGAUUCUAAAUCGUUUCCAUUGCCUCUGAACAUGGCUGAGUAAUGCCUCCACUGCAGCUCUGUUUUUCUCCAGGAGGCUUUGUUCAGAGGAGGUCUGACUAUUGCACAGCCAGUUUUUUCUUCCUCUUCAGCAGUUCUUUACUGUCUUCAGAAUAGUUGUGGAUGAGCGGCCUUUUCUGAAAGGAUACUUAAAAAUAUAUACUAUUUAGGCUGGGCAUAGUGGCUCAUGCCUGUAAUCCCAGCACUUUGGGAGGCCAAGGCAGGUGGAUCACCUGAGGUCAGGAGUUCAAGACCAGCCUGGCCAACACGGUGAAACCCCGUCUCUACUAAAAAUACAAAAAAUUAGCUGGGCCUGGUGGCAAGAGCGUGUAAUUCCAGCUACUGGGGAAGCUGAGGCAGGAAAAUCGCUUGAACCCAGGAGGUGGAGGUUGUAGUGUGCCGAGAUCACACCACUGCACUCCAGCCUGGGUGACAAGAGCAAAACUCCAUCUCAAAAAAAUAAAUAAAAUAUAUACUAUCUUGCUCCUCAACCAGUGGGAAAGGAGAGGAGGGGAGGCAAAGAAAGAAACUGAGCACAGUAAACACAGCAUUUUUUGUAGGCUCUUAUUUAAAGUGUAUGUGUGUAUGUGUGUGUGUGUGUGUAAGUAUUGACUAGGAAACAGAGGGAAGCCAAUCAAAAGUAUACUGUGCAAUUGAGAGAGGCUGACCCAGGAUUUAAAACUUCUUUUGGGUAAUCUAACUGUGAGUAGAUAGGAAUCGGCCAUAUGGUGAAAUGAGAUCAAUAGGAAAUGUGCUUUUUGAGGAAAUUUUAUUUUAGUACCAAAUGUUGCCAGUGACAAUCUUCAGUUAAGAAAUAAGUUAUUCUGACCUAAAAUUCUUAUGUCCGCCACUUUGGUUUAAAAACAAAAGCUCUUAUAUACAUGAAAUAAUUAUAUUUUAAUUAAGCCUUUAGCUUAGUUGUUUUCAUCUCUUCAAGGAAAAUGAAUAAGCAGCAUUUUUCAUUGUACUUAAAAAUGUAAAAUAUCUGCAUGCCACUAAUCUGUAACAUUUUACCAGUUCAGAUGCCUGUAAUGUGUGACUUUAUGUGUGUCUGUGUUGUUUUGAAAAUAACAAAGGAAGUAAUACUUUGUAAACUGUUUAAACAAGUGUUUAAACUUCUAUUGGCAACAUUUAUUGGGCUAAGCAGUUACUGAAAACUCCAUAUAGUUUUAUUUUCCAUUUGAAACUUCAAUCAAAUCAAGACUAUUAUAUUCAUUAGGGAAUUAAAGACUAAUUUGCCUUUUAAAUGUGAAGUUGAACAUUGUGUGGAAAGUAAAUGUGUGAUAAAGCAAAAUGUAUAAAGUUUGAAAUAUUAUACUUUUACCCUGGAUAAUUAUUCAGGACCCCAGUUGGCCCAAAUAGGUGCAAUUUUUAAUACUUUGAAAUUAGCCAGCCAGACUUAAUGCUAAGGUAAAUGUAAACUGUUUUAAUUAAUUAGCUUUCAAAGAUAUAAUGUAUCUAUUUCUGUCAGGAAUGAUAUUUCCAAAUGAAAAUGUAAAGAACAUUGGGAAUUAAUAAACUUUCCUUUCGAAGUAAAAGUAAA